CUAGUCUGUCCACCACUCCCUGUUAGCUGAAGCUUUUGAACGGAGUCGAGUGGCGACUUUGUGCUAUAGUUUCAGACACAAAGCGAUCUCCAGCUGCGACUUGUUUUCAGUUAAAACUCUACCGGAGAGCUCAGGUAGCGGUUAGCGGCCUCUCAGGUGUGUUUAAGCUGACGGAGAAGCUGUGGUUUGCUAUCCGGAACUGUGGGAGUGGUCGUCCUCCGCCUCGCUGCUAGUUAAUACGGUCCGAGAUACAAAUCUAAAGGCGCUGAUAAGAUGGCUGACUGUGUCUCUAAAGUGGAGCUGACUGUCUCCUGUACAAACCUGCUGGACAAAGAUGUGGGAUCCAAAUCUGAUCCUCUGUGCGUGCUGCUGCAGAAAACAGGAGGAGACAAGUGGAUCGAGCUCGGUCGCACCGAGCGUCUGAAGAACACCUCCAGCCCGGCCUUCAGUCAGCGCCUCAGGGUGGAUUAUCACUUUGAGACGGUUCAGAACCUGAAGCUGGGAGUCUACGACAUCGACAACUCCACCUCUGACCUCAGCGAUGACGACUACCUGGGAGGGGUGGAGAUCACGCUGGGACAGAUCGUUUCCAGUAAAUCUGUGACCAGACCUCUGCAGCUGAAGAAAAACAAACCAGCAGGGAAAGGAACCAUCACCAUCACAGCAGAGGAGAUUAAGGACAACAGAGCCAUCGUGUUGGAGCUGGAGGCCAAAAACCUUGACAAGAAGGAUACAUUUGGGAAGUCUGAUCCGUUCCUGGAGUUUUUCAAACAAGGAGACGAUGGAAAGUGGCAGCUGGUCCACAGAACGGAGGUGGUGAAGAACAACCUGAAUCCCACCUGGAAGAAGUUCACCGUUCCUCUGCAGACGUUCUGCAGCAGCGACUUGGACAGAACUCUGAAGGUGGAUUGUUCUGAUCACGACAGCGACGGAUCGCACGACCUGAUCGGUUCCUUCACCACGAAAGUCUCUGAGCUGCAGAAAGCUGGACAGGGUUCUCCAGUGGAAUUCGACUGCAUCCAUCCUGAGAAACAGAAGAAGAAGAAGAGCUACAAGAACUCUGGAGUCGUCUGUGUGAAGAACUGCAAGCUGGUGGCUCAGUACACCUUCCUGGACUAUGUGAUGGGCGGCUGCCAGAUCAACUUCACCGUUGGGAUCGACUUCACCGGCUCUAACGGUGAUCCUCGCUCACCAAACUCUCUGCACUACAUGAGUCCAGACGGGCUGAACCAGUACCUGUCUGCUCUGUGGUCUGUGGGCCAAGUGGUUCAGGACUACGACACUGAUAAACUUUUUCCAGCUUUCGGUUUCGGAGCCAAACUGCCUCCAGAUUACCAGGCGGCGCACCACGAGUUUGCCCUGAACUUCAACCCCACUAACCCCUACUGCCAAGGCAUUCAGGGGAUUGUUGAAGCCUACAGGAUGGUUCUUCCUCAGCUCCGACUGUCUGGACCAACAAACUUCUCUCCCAUCAUCAACCACGUCGCCUCCAUCGCUGCCGGCGCUGCUCAGGCCAACAGCGCCUCACAAUACUUCGUCCUCCUCAUCCUCACUGACGGAGAGAUCACAGACUUUGACCAGACCAGAGACGCCAUCGUCCGGGCGUCACGGCUUCCUCUGUCCAUCAUCAUCGUCGGGGUCGGUCCGGCCGACUUUAAGGCCAUGGAGCUCCUGGAUGGAGACAACGGCGUGCUGAGGUCAACGGUCGGGGAGGCCGUGGCCAGAGACAUCGUCCAGUUUGUCCCAUUCAGAAAGUUCAAGGACGCUCCCCAGGCGGCUCUGGCUCAGUCUGUCCUCGCUGAGGUUCCAAACCAGCUGGUGUCUUACUUCAAAAUGAGAGGCUUUGACCCAAUGAAACCACAAGCUGCUCCCAAACCCUGAACCCCCCACAUGGCCUAAACCCACUACCUGCAUUCCCGAAACCACCUCCAUCUCAUUCCAGCUUCCACCCAAAAAAUUCGACCAAUCUUCAUGGACCAACCUGAUGUGUCAGCCAAUCACAAAGCAGCACUCUGCUGUCAGCCAAUCAGGACGCCAGGGGCAAACAUCCCCAGUUUGUUUGUUUUUUGUCAAGUUUAUAUCCGCUGUGUUUCCAGGUUUCUCUCUUCAGUAAGUGGAAUGAUAAUAAUGUAGAUUAUAGAUUAUAUUUUAUUCCUUCUGCUGCUUCCACAGUAUCUAUGCAGAUCACAUGUGUUUGCUAACACGUGUGUGAUAAUCAGAGCCACACACACACACACAAAAUACACAUCAUGUCGGCCAUUUUGGCUCCAUAUUCCUCCUCUCUGACUGUUGCUGUAGUAACAGAAGACGGUCAUAUCGCCUGUAUUCCCAUUCAGUUCAGUACAAUCUGAGUUUUAUUAUAGCAGCCUCUAGUGGUCAGAAGAGGAACUGCAGGCUGUGUGUGUGUGUGUGUGUGUGUGUGUGUGUGUGUGUGUGUGUGGAGGCUCUGAGGAGCUUUAUUCAUCAGGUGCCAAUACUUUGCACUUUGCUGUUGCACUUAAUGCUGGAAAACUGUUAUAUGAAUGAUAUUUUAUUCUCCUAAUCAUAGCUUUAAUCUCAUAGCUUUACUAAAAACUUUACUGUUGCCUUAGAGUAGACUUUAGUGUAGCCCGUGUGAUGCUGCUUCAGCCUGGAUGUUGAUGUGUGUUGAUGCGGCCAUUUUGGCUCCCAGCGUUUCACACAUGAUGUCGUCGUCGUUUUAGGUUCAGCUUGUCAUCAUGCUAUCAUCUGAACGCAGCUCGUCUCCAUUCAGGGAUCAUUUUAAAGGCCAAAAAUGCAACAGGUGGGCAGUUCAUCAAAAAGUACCAUGACAGCACCUGUAAAGAUCAAAAACUGUACCUGAUUUAACUUUGGUUGCCAUCCCUCUGGAAGGAGUCUCUUUGUGCAGUGGUACUCUGCUCCUAGUGCUCCUGUAAUUCUUGUAACACUUCACUAAAGUCACAUUAUUUACACAAUAAGCUCCAUCUGUGAUGAGCUGAAUCUCUGAAACUGGAGUUUCAUUUUGGGGAAGAGGAGCUUUUACGCUCUGGCUGAUUUGGAACAUUUUCAUGCCAUUGCAUCUCAGUUCAGGUGGUUUUUAAUGUUCCUGAACGUCACACAGCAUGACUCAUGAUAGUUGCUGCUCACACGAGUCACAGUCGUGACAGUGACAUACCACCAACUGCCUUGGGACUUUUUGAUCAACCUUCCUUAGUUCGCUGUCAAAUGUGCGACAUACAGAUGAUAAAAUGCACGUUAUGCAAACUUUCAGAAAAUCUAAUUGAACUUCCUGCUGGAGAUGAAAACUAAACAUCUAAAAAACAAAGAGCUAGUAAAAAAACGAUUGCAAUUAUAUAGGAGUAAGAAAUGCAAAGCAUAGACAACAUUAAAGUUCUUAAAACAAAGACGUGUCUGAUAGUAAAGUGCCUUAUUGAAUGAAAGGAAUGUUUGCUGGGAGCCAAAAGACAUCUGAGAUGCAUUCAGGUCAUCUGAACAUUUAACCACCAAGGCACCUUAAAGUUUGAUUAAUAUUUCUGACUUCUGAUUGAGGGUUGAUUUCGGUUUCUUCUUCGCAUGACUUUGAUGAUCAUUGAAGCCACGUUUCCACCACAGGAACUUUUUCAAGGAACUAAGAACCUUCUGAGGAACUCAUUUCUUCAGCCUUUUGUAUUUUAUUGCAGGUGUUGUAGCCGCUAUCAGCUAAUGUUGAUUUAGAAGUAGACAAAGCUUUAGCUCCUUGGAUUAGUUCCUGGAACGAAGCAUUCAGGGUGCGUUUGGUGGAAACGCAGCUUUAGAUGUUCUCAGGCUCCAAAGUUUAACCUGAAUGCGAUUAGCUGAGCAGCAUCACACUGAGGGUUUUUAAAAGUCUGCCAUUUUGGUGUUUCUGCACUAACAAACUGUCUCCUAAACUCCUGGAAUAACCUGAACACACCAACAGUGUUGAGAUGCUGAAAUGUGUCAAAACUCAUGUUUACUGCAGCAAAGCCACGUUUAACGUCAUUAAAAGUAAAAUGAAAACGCACCGCGGCAGACGCUUCAACUGUUACCACUUUUAAACACUUUAACUCACUUUGAAUUGUUUUUGUGCCUUUAUUACCGACAGUAGGGAAAUGACAGGAGAGAAGAGUCCCUGGUUUAACUUGAACAUUGUGGUUUUUAAUUUGACUUGAUCCUCUGAACUUCAAAAUUUAACAGUGUGAAGAGUAAGUUACCUUUUAGACAAUCACCAAAAUACACCAUUCAUCAGAGCCAGAAUCUUUGACUUUUACAUUUUCCAACUGUCCUUAAACUACUCAUCUGUGUGUCGCCGUUCCAUUGAGAAAAUGACCAAAUUUAAGCUUGAUAUUGUGAUAUUUGAACAAAAUGUCUUUAUUCUACAUGUUUAAUUUAAAAAUUCUUGGUACAAAUCUAAAGUUAUUGACUCCACUGUGACCAACAGUAAUGUAACAAAAAAAUCUGAGUUUUCAACUUUAUAUUGCAGUGAAAAAUGAGCCCACAGUGAGUAAAAAUGAGGAAAAUACCCCACCCAGAGACUGUUGUUUGGAGUUCAGAGGGUUAAAUCACCUUUUAACUUCUUUAGAUCACCACUUGUACUGUAGAUGAUUAAAUAAAUGACAUUAAUUAUCAGGAAACAUUAACCCGAGAAUCAGAAAUACUUCUUUAGAGGCCAUUUUUGUCCUUUUACAUCCAGUUUUUACACAUUUUGGAAGGUUUUUUUUAGACAUGCUACAUUUGUUUUUUAUAUCGUUUGUAUUGAUCUGUUUUUUUAAGAUGAGCAAAGAAAGAUGGAAGACCAUGAGAUGUGGUUGAAAGCUCUGGAAAAAGGCAAGUUCAGAACAUUUUGUCAAACAUAUCAGUUGUGUAUUUUUAGUUGAAAACGGUGUUUUAUGUAGCAGCCAUUCACAUUUAUUCAAGUUUAUUUCUUUAUUAAAAAUGACGGCAGAAAACUUCACCUGCAUCUUAUCGACUAAGGUUUAAAUCAGAGAUUGAACAGACGACAAAUCAGAAUAGAAGUGUUGAUUUCUGAGUCAGAAAUUCGGAACAAGAACAUUUUCUCCGUCUGUUUUCCAGUAUUUUAUUCUUGUGUUACUUUCAGAUUAAUUUCCUUUUAUAUUGCGCCAAUUCAGAACUCCUAUCAUCUCAAAGUGCUCCACGUGGUAAGAUUAGCUCGAUCCACAAUUUUGGGAACAUCUUUAGAAACGUGUUUUAUGUGGGGAACUGUCAUUUACUUGUCUCCAGAAAACAAUCCUACCAACUACUCUGCAAAGUUUGUUCAGGUGAACCAGAUUCUGCAGCAGCUUCAUCAGCUGAGAUGCACUAAAUGGACCAUAGGUUCAGGUUUUUAUGUUGCCAAGAAGCUGCAGAUUUCUUUGAAGUAAACUUCACCUAGCUGCUGUUUGUUUUUCAUUUUGUGGGUUCCACUUUGCCGAAAGAAAAUCUUGUUGUGUUUUAAAGAAGCUUAACUUUUUAUUUCAAAGCAACUGUUAAUGAAGCAAAGCGACUAUCUGAAAAUCACGAUGGAGAUCUGGGACCUGAUCCAUAAAAACAGUCUAAAAUCAAAGUCUGAAACUUAACUAUAAUGAUGCUAACAAAUCAGUCACGGCUAAACUGGUCCCAUUAAGUUCACAACAUCAGGCUUUCAAAAAGAUUCAGACUGCGCUUUCCUGUUGGUCACUGUAACAGGAUAUCUAGUUAAACAACAACUGAGGCGAAGUCUGACAGCCUGACAGCUAGUUAGCCUGAUAGUUUGUUAGCCUAACAGUUAGCCUGGCAGUUUGUUAGCCUGGCAGUUGACCAUAUGGUUAUCUUGACAGCCAAACAGUUACCCUGCCAGUUAGCUUGAUAGUCUGACAGUUAACUGACAAUUAGCCUACCCAUUAGCCUGACAGUUAGCCUGCCCUGGACCGGCAUAGUUUUGCCUUCAUCUUCAGAAAAACUGAGCUUGAACUAGUUUGAAUUUUAUUUAUGGAACAAAAAUAACCCAAAUAUAAGUCAGACUAACUGGAAUAAACCUAAAUAAUCUGGUAAACUGACUUUAUGGAACAGGCCCAGAUCUAAAUUCUGCUGUACGUAAGGUCACAUGGUGCUGUGACAUCAUCACGUAAAGGAGGAAACUUCACAGCUUCAGUUCAGGAAGAAAAACUAAACUUUAAAAAUGAGGGAAAGUGUGAAAGAACUGCACUUCCCAUGAUGCUGUGGUGCUCCAUUGUAGGCUGAGAUUAAACAGCAUCAUGUGACCACCAGCUCUAACUUCUUCAAGCAUCUACUAACCAGUAUAACCAACCAGUGUAACUAACCAGUGUAACCAGUAAGAUCACGACUGGUCGAUUGCUGCAUGUUUGGAUCCAAUAAAGACAACUUGGGAAAAGAAGAA